CAACCACCAUAUUGAAAAAUAAAUUAGUUUAUUGAUGAUGUGAAGUAUAGACGAUGAGCAAUCAGUGAUUUUUAGUGUUAAAAUUCAUGUAUAUUAAAAAAAAUGGCAGGAAAUUUUGGAAUGCAACAAUUAAUUCCCAUUGUAAACAAAUUGCAAGAUGCAUUUGUGCAAAUGGGCGUGCACAUGUCUUUAGAUCUGCCACAAAUUGCAGUAGUGGGUGGUCAAUCCGCUGGAAAAAGUUCUGUGCUAGAAAAUUUUGUCGGCAGGGAUUUUUUGCCUAGAGGUUCUGGUAUUGUUACAAGAAGGCCACUUAUCUUGCAGUUAAUAAAUAGUAAUGCAGAAUAUGCUGAAUUCCUACACUGCAAAGGUAAAAAGUUUACUGAUUUCAAUGAGGUGCGUGGUGAGAUUGAAGCUGAGACGGAUCGCAUCACUGGCUCUAAUAAGGGAAUUUCACCAGUUCCCAUUAACUUAAGAGUCUACUCACCAAAUGUAUUGAACUUGACGUUGAUCGAUUUGCCUGGCCUGACGAAGGUGCCCAUCGGAGACCAGCCGGCGGAUAUCGAGCAACAGAUUAAAGCGAUGAUCUUCCAGUUCAUAAGACGCGAGUCCUGCCUCAUCCUAGCUGUGACGCCAGCCAACACUGACUUGGCGAACAGCGAUGCCCUCAAACUUGCCAAAGAAGUUGACCCACAGGGUCUGCGUACUAUCGGUGUGAUAACUAAGCUGGAUCUCAUGGACGAGGGUACUGAUGCUAGGGAUGUAUUGGAAAACAAGCUGCUGCCUCUGAGGCGAGGGUACAUCGGUGUUGUGAACAGGUCGCAGAAGGAUAUAGACGGGCGCAAGGAUAUAUCGGCAGCACUCGCCGCUGAAAGGAAGUUCUUCCUCAGCCAUCCCUCCUACCGCCACAUCGCCGACCGGCUCGGCACUCCGUACCUCCAGCGAGUGUUGAACCAACAGCUCACCAACCACAUUAGGGAUACUCUGCCAGGGUUGAGGGACAAGCUGCAGAAACAAUUGCUCACCCUGGAGAAAGACGUCGAUCAGUACAAACACUUCCGACCAGAUGAUCCAUCCAUCAAGACAAAGGCCAUGUUGCAAAUGAUCCAACAGCUGCAGACGGACUUCGAGAGGACCAUCGAAGGUUCUGGCUCAGCUCAGAUCAAUACCAACGAGUUGUCAGGUGGAGCGAAAAUCAACAGAUUGUUUCACGAGAGGUUCCCCUUUGAAAUUGUUAAGAUGGAAUUUGACGAAAAGGAGCUACGCCGCGAGAUCGCAUUCGCCAUUAGGAAUAUUCACGGUAUAAGAGUUGGUCUUUUUACACCUGACAUGGCGUUUGAGGCUAUAGUAAAGAAACAGAUCGCAAGACUAAAAGAACCUAGCCUCAAGUGCGUCGAUCUGGUCGUGCAGGAGUUAUCAAAUGUGGUUCGCUUUUGCACUGAAAGGAUGUCCCGCUACCCGCGUCUUCGCGAGGAGACCGAACGCAUCAUCAUGUCUCACGUACGUUCACGUGAGCAGCAGUGCAAGGAACAGCUCGUGUUGCUCAUCGACUGCGAACUUGCAUACAUGAACACUAAUCACGAGGACUUCAUAGGAUUCGCCAAUGCUCAAAAUCAAUCUGAAAAUUCAGCUAAGUCAGGUCAUCGCGCGCUCGGUAACCAGGUUAUUAGGAAAGGUUACAUGUGCAUUCACAAUUUGGGAAUUAUGAAAGGAGGUUCCCGCGACUACUGGUUCGUGUUGACGUCGGAGAGUAUCUCGUGGUACAAGGAUGAGGAGGAGCGUGAGAAGAAAUACAUGCUGCCGCUCGACGGACUUAAGCUGAGGGACCUUGAACAGGGGUUCAUGUCUAGACGACACAUGUUCGCCCUCUUCAACCCCGAGGGACGAAAUGUUUAUAAGGACUACAAGCAGCUAGAACUUUCAUGUGAAAAUCAAGACGAUGUGGAUUCGUGGAAGGCUUCGUUCCUGAGGGCCGGCGUGUACCCUGAGAAGACUUCGGAGGCGGCGAACGGGGAUGAGUUAUUUCCGCCUUUUCCGGGGUUGGGUGGAAAUAAGAAAAGUUCGGAUACAUCGGUGACCAGCAGUAUGGACCCUCAGCUGGAGCGUCAGGUUGAGACGAUCCGUAACCUGGUGGACUCUUACAUGCGUAUAGUGACCAAGACAACCCGGGACCUCGUCCCCAAGACCAUCAUGCUGAUGAUAAUCAACAACGCCAAGGACUUCAUCAAUGGGGAGCUGCUGGCACAUCUGUAUGCCUCCGGGGAUCAGUCCCAAAUGAUGGAGGAAUCACCCGAGGAGGCUCUGAAGCGAGAGGAGAUGCUGCGAAUGUACCACGCCUGCAAGGAGGCGCUCCACAUCAUAGGCGACGUGUCUAUGGCCACCGUGAGCACCCCCGUGCCGCCGCCUGUUAAGAACGACUGGCUCGAGAGCAGGCUGGACUCCAACCCGAGACUGUCUCCGCCGUCACCGGGCGGCCCGAGGAGAGCUGCGCCCGCGCAACAAGGGUCACUCGGCCAGCGUGGUGCUCCCCCAGUCCCCGGUGGUGGCGCCGGUCGCCCCGCCCCCCCUCUGCCGUCCCGGCCUGGAGGAGCCGCCCCCCCACCCCCCGCCGCAAGACCCGGACCCGGACAGGGCCUGCCCGCGCCGCUCAUACCGACACGGCGUUAAGCGAGCAGAACCGGAUACUAGACAUAACUUAUAAACUUGAGGUACUAACAGACGAGCAUGUUGACUUAGUACAACUUAACAAACACUCAUAUGUUUUGGUUUUAUAUCACGUAUAUAUAUGUCGUUCUUACUAUAUAUAAAAUGUUGAUAUUGAAAUGGCCAUUAUAACAUGGACUCUGCUAAGUUGUGUAUUAGGUGAUUGGUUAUUUAUGUAUGUAAUAAUGUUGCUUCCGUUUUAUAUAACACAGAAAUAAUUUUUCGGUUAUUUUUUAUGGAUGAACACUCUUACUGCUUAUGAAUUCAACGGGCGAUGUGAGAUACUUGUACAUUAGAUUUUUUUUUCUAAUUUUCAUUCUAUACACUUUGUUAGCAAUCUCGAGGUUGUGCAAACAUCGAAGGGCCUUUAGGAAAUUAUUUAUAUUAGAAUUUUAUUAUACUAUACCACUUUCUAUGAAUAUUUUGAUAGUUUUAUUAUCAAUGAUGUAUACUAGCUGAUGCUUGAUGGAUAUUUUCUGUUGUAUUUUUUGUUCUCGCGGUCAGUUCUUGUAACUCUUAGACCGUACCUGUAAUAAAAGCACUGCAUGACUCGUUCCAACUAAUGUCUGUGUGUGGUCUUCUCUAAGCUUAUGUUACUUGUAUGAACUAUUUCGUUUUAAGCUGCGUUUUUGAGAAUCUAUGAAGUCUGUGUAGUCUCUAGUGUUAUAUCCGUUCAACUGAAUAUUGUUAACGUUUUUGUUCACAGUUGCCCUGUAAGGUUGUUUGAUUUUGUGUUAUGGCGGUUACAUUAUCCGAUUGAGACUUACAGAGAAGCUGUGAGAUACUGUAUUUCCUUCCCCUUUCUAGGGUUCCGUACUUAUUUUUAUUGUGUAACAUUUGUUACACUUACAUAUCAAUAGUAAAAGUUCUAAUGUGCUCCCCGAUUCUUAGAUAGCAAUCAUUGAUUAUUAAAUAUUUUUUAAAAAAAGGUAAGGAACCCUCGAACGUAGUUUAUUCAAUACCAAUUUGGUAGGUCAUUGAUCUAAAAAGGUAAUAAUAAUAGGCGUCCCGGAUCCGGCGGCGGUGUAGUCGGCCAGCUACCUCCACAUAUGAGACAGCAGAUCAACCAGGCUGUAGGACAGGCGGUAACCAACGCUGCCAUCAGCGAACUGAGCUCCGCCUUCGCUAAGUUCAAGUAAACUACAGAUUAUAUACGGCUGUAAUAACAACAGAUUAUAUAAAGCUGUUAUAACCAUAGACUAUACGAGGCUGUAAUAACCACAGAUUGUGAGAGAUUGUAACUUCACGCGUGCACACAUCACAUAAAAGGUCUGUAAUGAAAAAUUUAAAGUGCAUACAUUUUUAUUAAAUGCACAAAUUAGACAAUAAUAUGUAUAACUUAUUGGUGAUUAUUACAUAUCUUUUUUUAAACAUUUUUAUUUUGUUAAAAUGUUGAAAAAUUCCCAACGAGACGUGCACUUGUGAAGUCGCUUUAGUUGGUUAAUGUCUAACAUUGUAUCCUCCUAGACCUAACAGCUUUGUGUUGUAACAAAAAAAAUUUAAUAUCCUUUAAUGUGUACAUAACCUACAUAAUAUUAUUUGUUCUAUAUACAUAUAAAAAUUAACAAUUAAUUCUGUCGCGCCGACCAACACAUGUAUGAUAUAGCAAAGACAUUGUAUGAAAUUAUGUUAAGCGUUUAAAUUUAAGUUCUAUUAGAUAGUUUUAUUAAUGUGAAAAAAAAAAUAAAUAAAAAAAUGUUACCAUAUGUAUUAAUCGUAGUAGAAGAUCACACACGAUGUUGCCGCUCCGGUCAGCUGUCACUGGUUUGUUGUUUGGUGUCUAGGGAUCCUCACCUUAAAUACGGAUAGUGACACGUUUGGCAUUAGUGACGUAGCGGUUUGUAAGUGACGCUGACCACGCUGGUUACACGAGUAAAUUGUCUGCACACUGUAAUGCAAAACUAGUAUAACGUGUCUAUAAUAAUAAUGAGGAUAUAUAUUAAUAUAUUAAGACUCCCCCAGCGCCAAAACUAACAGUUUAUACGUUUAGGAAUUGUGAAGAUGUUCAGUAUUAACUGCGUGUUACGAUGCAGUGCUUUAAAGAUAUUUCAAAUUAUACGAUCUCGGUCCGUACACACGGACUGUGUUAGAAUACCGUUUGUAAAAAAAGUAAUAUAUUUAUAUUUUCUUUUUUGGAAAUUAAAAUGUAAAGAUAUUCAGCGGCUUGAGGAUAGUUUGUAUAUUGGGUGGAUUUAGUUGUCGCGUGAGGUAUCAGGAUGGCAUCGGACGAAGCAUAUCAAGAUUUGUUUCUAUGUUUUUCUUUUGUAAAGCAACCGUUUUUUAAUAUGUAAUUUUUAAUAUAAUCUGUUGUUGUACGCACUCUACUGUAUGUAGCGUUAGAUGCGUAGAAAUGCAAAAUGUUCUCACCAAGUCUAGGUGUUCCGUAGCUUAGGGACUUCAGAUUAUACAGAGUCCCCAGUAGAUAAAUAAUGUUACGCAUUUAAUCAGAUAUAUUACGAAUAGCUUACCCGUUGAUGUGUCACAAACGAAAACAAUCAUGAAGUUAUGGGCGUUGGAUUUUAAUAAUGAGAUUGUAUGUAAAACUAUGUAUAUGUACUUAUAAUAGCGGAGACCAAAGUCGUCUGUGUUGUUGCUGCUAGCAAUAUCUUUGGUCAAUUACUAGGAUGGAUUCGAUAUUGCAUUGUUAUGAGAGUAAUCGUUGAAUUAAUCGAUUUUUGAAUCUUGAUAUACAUAUAUAUAUAACGUGUAGAAUUUUUCGCUUGUCAUUCUAUACUUAUCCGUUUACUCUCGGUACUUGAAUAGAUUUCAAACUUACUUCGACUUGUAGCUGUGGGUUUAGAGUGUAUGACGUCACUGUAAACAGUUCCUACAAUUUUACCGCUCUAGCUAAUCGUUCGUCGCGCCAAUGUUGACGAUAUUAUAUGGAAGUGAUAUCAUAAAAGUUUUGCUCUCUUGUUAAUAGCGUUUUAGUACCAUCGAAAAUGAUAUAGGAACACAUUGUUGGAUUUGAUAUAGUUUAUUGAUAUUGUUAAUCUUAUGCUGUAUAAAAUAGAUUAAUUAAAUGCUAUACGUGUA